GGUUCUCAACACUUUUCCUGAAAUUCAUUAUGGUUCUCAACUCCUUAUUUAGCCGGGAUAUUGAUAGAACAAAUACGAAACAGCUGAUUAAGUGGUCAACAAGGACAACAAAAUAUGUUGGCUGUCAGACAGAUUCAACAGAUUUAAUUUGUUUCAAAAUGCCGUGACAGUGCCCUUUAAAAAACUUUGAUAAAAUCCUAUCAGUGUACGUCAACAAAGAAAAAAUUCUUUUGAAAUAAUUGUUACUCAAAAUUCGUGGAAAUGAAUAACGAUGAAAUUUCUGAGGACGUUUACCAUCACGAUUUUACAACCGCCACCGAAUGGGAAAUAUUUAUUGCUCGAAUAGAGGAAAUUAUGCAUGAAUGGAAACUCCCACAUUUACCCCUUGGUCCUCUCUUGAAAGCAGGUGAUUUUGUUAAUUUGUCCUGGCAAGAAACGUCGGAGACUUUAAACUUUGCAGAAGUGGAAUUUAUAUUGAAACACUUCAAAUUGAAGACAGAAAAUAAUGAUUCCGUUGGAGGCCUUGGAGACGAACGUGAAGAUUCUUUCACGCAGUGUCAAAAAGAUAUUAUCAAUGCCUCUAAUGACUUUGCUCAAAUAAAUGGGAAUCAUGUGGAAAUAGCUCGAUUCUAUGGAGUUAGAGAAUUUCUGAUUUUAGUCCCAUCCAAACGAAGUCUGAUACAAGAUGAAACAAAAAUAAAAAUCUUGCUUAGUUCUCUCACCAUCGCAGCAAGCAAUGCUAACUGCGAGGUUCCUGUUUUCGUCCAGGUCCUUGAACUAUGGCAGCAAUUUUAUCUUGGGGUUGGCCUAGGAAGAGGUUCCAAAGUUAAUUUUAAUAUGGUCCACUUGAAAAAAACUCCGCGUCAUUGCAAGCAUUUAACUGGGUUGCUCACUUUAUUCAAACAAAAAAUCAGCGAAGGGUGCGGUAUCAGAUUAGAGCCGGCAAUUGUCUCUACAAGGUUUACUUAUGUCGUUAAGGAUUGGAUCAACAGUGCGUGGACUCAGGAACCUCCAGAUUUCGAUUUCUUGCAAGGAGAAACUCUGGGUGUUGCCGAAUUGGGCAAGCUUCCAUUUGGCGCAAGUUUCGAUCCAAUUGGGGAAUUUCACUUGUUUGUGACCUGGCAUCAGGUGUCGGAAAACAUUGUGGUGGACAGCGAAGGAUACAGUAAUCUCGAUCCUCUUUUAGCACCAGAAUGGUCUCUCUUAGUGAAAAGUGCUCAAUCACCAGUUUGUCUGCUUGGAGACUAUCUUACCAAUUUCAUGCAAUUGAUUCGUGAACAAAAAUCAUUAGUAGAUGUUUUGGGCGAAUCAGCCACUUAUGACAACGAUGAAUCGGCAAUAAGUUCUGCAUUUAAUAUAUUAACUGAGUCCAGAAUUCCCACAAUUUCAAACGUUGUAAGCAAAAAAACAAAGAAACGAAGUAGAAAUGUCGAAGGACCGAUAUCAGAGGAGAUUCUUCUCCCGAUAAUUUAUUUCCUCUUUCCGGACGCCGAUGAAAACUCGAGCUGCCCAUACGAUGAUCUCAGCAACUAUAAUUUUGACGAAAAUCAGUGGAAGGGGAUAAAAACGUGUGUAAUAGGUAGUUUAGUCUGGAGACUCGCAAUAGUCGCUACUCAUUGCACAUCAAGUUUUGGCGGCAUCAGUGCAUUUGCUCAACUCUGGCACGAAUUCGUUCAGGAGAUCAGGUUCCGCUGGGAAAAAGGCAGUGUUAUACCAGGUUUGACUCCAGGAACUCCUGAUUGCGUUCACACAUGUCUACUUCAUCAGAAACUUCAGAUGAUAAACCAUUGCAUCCAGUUGAGAAUAGCUAGAGAGGAAGCUGUAUCUCAAACGGAUUUUAAAGAAAUGGAUACAGACUCAGAAGAGGACGAAUUCUACGAAUGUUCGAAUGAAGAACUCGUGCCUGGUGAACAGGACGACACUCAACAAAAAAUCAACAAAGGAAAACAUUUGUUAUGGAAUAGGCCAGUGGGUAGAUUAGCAAAGCAUCCCACUUUUCGAUUAGUACAAACUGGGGAUCCUUUAUACCUGCCGGUGACUCAAGAUCCAGUUUUGAAAACUGAAGAUCAAUUGGAAGAGGAUGCUCAAGUCAUGAUGGAACUAGGAACAGAUAAGCAGGGCACAGAAAUGCGAGCGAGACUUAUGAGCGCCUCCUUGCUUUCUGACAUGGAAUCUUUCAAAGCUGCAAAUCCAGGAGCAGUGGUGGAAGACUUCAUUCGGUGGUAUUCGCCUCGAGACUGGGUCGAAGAAGACACUAUGGACGAAUGGGGUCAACCAAAAGGGCAUCUUUCUCAGCGAAUGUUGCUACCGGAUAAUGCCUGGACCACUACCUGGAAGUCAGCACAACCUGUCCCAGCUUAUCGUCAAAAGCGAUUAUUCGAUGACACGCGAGAAGCAGAGAAAGCUCUUCACUUCUUAAGUUCAAAGCGAAUCGGCCAAGUAGCGCAACUUCUGCUACCGGUUCUUGCUCAUGCUGCUCUUGUCACUCUCAAUGAGCAGAAAGUGGAAGCACGUCCGAAUAUACAAAAUGUCGUUCAAAAUAUUCGCAAUAAAUUGCAACAUGCGAGUAAGCCAGUUCAACAAAAAAUGCAUCUCUAUGAAGACAUUGUACGAGAAAUUGAAACCGAGGAAGGCUUAGUCGAGCAAGUGAAAUCCCUGCAACAUAAAUUUGGCGAAAACUGUGACUCGAAAGAAAUUCUGUUGUUUGUUAUGCAAUUAAUGACAGGCAAAGAAGUUUCUGUACCAAACGGAUCAAGAGGAAGUAUCGGUUCACAAAUUACAAAAUUGUUUUGCGAAGCACAAAAGGUUUCGCAUACGUCUGCGAAUGUCGAAGAAGUGGACGCAGCAGGAGAUGCAAGACAUCGAUCAUUCCCGGAGCCCUCGAGCAAGGAAUUCAUUUUGCGAGCAGUCACACCUAGACCUUCACCCUCAUGCACUCCACAACCUCAGCGAUUAUACGUUUGUCUUGAACGCGACAGUAUCCGACUAGCUGGAGCAUUCUCAGAGGACACAAUAUUUUUGUAAAGCAAAAUCGUUUCAUAUCACAAUUCAAUCCAAAAGUCAUGGAUUUGUCAAAAUUGAGUCUCACUUUUCUUGUCUCCAAUCAAAUUCUCUAUUCAGAUAUUCAAUUAUUGAAUUAUUCAUAUCCGGGACAUGAAGGAGACUUCAAAGAAUUUAUAGCAUAUUUUUACCUCAGAUUUAAUUUCCUAUUUGAUUUCUUAACAUAAGGUGGAGGUUUUAAUAGUUCUUUUGAUAUCGAAAUUUUUUAAUUGCUUUUAAAAAUGUUUAAGUGGGAAAAAAUAGAGAGAUGAAAAACAAGAAAGAUUAAAAAUAGAAAACUGGUUCUUUCUUAUAUUGUGCCAUGUACAAUAAUGAAAUUACAAAAUCCUACUAGGGUCUAAAAUAGAAAAACAUACCAACCGUUGAUAUCUUAGAAUCAGUAGUAUUUUUAAUCUAGGAACAAUAUUUUUUCUUAGCUUUCUUGUGUUUUGAUUUUGCGAAUCAAUCAGUUUUUCUACGUAAAAUCGUUCUAUUUUUUUCACACGUUUUAUUAUUUGGUAGCACUUUUUGUAACUAAAUGUGUAUAAUACAUUUAUAAAUUCUAUUUGUUACUCCUUGGGAACUAAAAGUGAACUUAGGUGUUUUAGAAUAAAAAUUUUCCUUAGAG